AUGCGUCAUGAUGAGGCUACGGGCGGCAGCACGCGUCAUGAUGAGACCAAGGGCGGCAGCACCGGUGACAUGAUCGCUGGUGAUGGCAUUCCCUUCCCGGUUGAUUACCAUGGGAUGGCGGGAGGAUGCGUGCUGCAUGGCAGCACUGGUGACAGCAUCGCUGGUGACGGCAUUUCCUUCUCAGAGCAUCAUGUUGAGAUGGCGGGAGGAUGCGUGCUGCAUGGCGGUUCUAUGAGUGAUGGCAUUGUUGAUUAUGGCACAGCUGGUGUUGGCAUCGCCAGUGACGGCAUUGCCAGUGAUGGAUCCACAUGUGUCUCCUUCCCGGCGCAUCACACAGAGACGACGGGAGGAGGCGUGCUGCAUGGCUGCACGAGUGGUGGCAUUGCUGAUUGUGGCCCAACUGGUGUCGGCGUUGCCAGUGACAACACCACCAGUGACUGCAUAACAUGUGGCUCCUUCCCCUUCCCAGCACAUUGCAUAGAGACGACGGGAGGGGGCAUGAUGCAUGGCGGCACAAAGGGUGGCACCGUCAGUGUCGGCAUGGCAUGUGCCUCCUUCCCAGUGCAUGAUGCUGAGAUGCGGGGAGGGGGCAUGCUGCAUGGUGGCACGAGUUAUGGCACAACUAAUGAUGGCAAUGCUAAUGAUGGAGGAAUUGUCAGCAAUGGCAUUCAAACAGUGGGACCGCCGCCAUGCCUACUGCUGCCACAAGGGGACAUGCCGCCCCGCCUCGUGCCGUCACACUCCCUCCUCCCAACACACUCACUCCUCCCAACACACUCCCUCCCAUCACAUUUCUUCCGAGCGCACUCCUUACCAUCACGCCUCCUGCCAUCUCACUCCAUCCCAUCCCACUCCCUCCCAUCGCACUCCCUCCCAUCGCACUCCCUCCCAUCGCACUCCGUACCCGAGCGCCUAUUGUCAUCCCACUCCCUCCCAUCGCAUUCCCUCUCAACACCCUUCCACCCUUCAGACUCCCUCUCACCACCCUCUCUCCCAUCACACUCCCUCCCAUCACACUCUCGCCCAUCACACCUCCUGCCAUCACGCCAACUGCAUGGGCUACCCCCACACAUGUGGGGUUACAUUCCUGGAUUUUCUGGGGAAGUUCGUGAGACGCCUCACAAUUCACGUCAGUUGCGGGGUCUACCCCCCCACAUGUGGGAUUACAUCCCCGAAACUUCUGGGGAAACACACACAUGGGACUGCCAGCCGAGUCCCUUCCUUCAUCCUGCAUCACCACAUGCUAUUCGUGGCCAUUCUCUCAGCCUGCCUGCUGAGUUUGGAAGCAGCAUGUGGGAUUCAACGCAGCACAACUCCCUGUCACCGCGCAUGCAUGGUGGCAGCGAGAAUGACACGGACGAGAAGGGCACUAGCACGGGCGUGGAUGUGGGCAAUAGCAUGGAUGAGGGCAUGGGCAUGCGCAUGUGGAGUGGCACUAUCACGGGCAUGGAUGUGGUCAUGCACAUGCAUGUGGGCGUGGGCAUGGGCAUGGCCGAAGGCAUAAGCAAGGGCGUAGAUGAGGAGAAGAGCAAGGGUGUGGAUAUGGGCAUGUAUGCUGCCAUGGACGAGGGUAUGAUGAAGUGCGUGGGCAUGGGCAUGGUUGAAGGCAUGCGCGAUGGCAUGGAUGUGGGCAUGCUUAAGGCCAUGCACGAGGGUAUGGGCAUAAUUGAGUGUGUGGGCAUGGGCAUGGUGCGAGGCAUGCCCGAGGGCAUGCGUGAGGGCAUGGGCAUGGGCAUGGGCAUGGUGGGAGGCACCAGCAAGGAAGCCAAGGCCGUAGCCAUUCUUGGUUCUCUGCUGAUCUGCAUUUGCAGCAGGAGCCACAGGUCCUUUCCAGCAGAAGCGGAGCCUCAGAGCCUGAUGGGUUGA